CGGCCAUGUCUGUGGACUGUCUUGGGCAGCAUGCAGUACUUUCUGGCCGCCGAUUCCUAUACAUCGUUAAUCUAGAUGCCCCUUUCGAAGGUCACCGAAAGAUCUCUCGCCAGAGCAAGUGGGAUAUUGGAGCUGUGCAGUGGAAUCCUCAUGACAGCUUUGCGCACUACUUUGCAGCUUCGAGUAACCAACGGGUUGACCUUUAUAAGUGGAAAGACGGCAGUGGGGAAGUUGGCACAACCUUACAAGGCCAUACUCGUGUCAUCAGUGAUUUGGACUGGGCAGUAUUUGAGCCAGAUCUCCUGGUUACCAGCUCUGUGGACACUUACAUCUACAUUUGGGAUAUCAAAGACACAAGGAAGCCUACAGUUGCACUGUCUGCUGUAGCGGGUGCCUCGCAGGUCAAAUGGAAUAAAAAAAAUGCUAACUGUCUUGCUACCAGUCAUGAUGGUGAUGUUCGGAUAUGGGACAAGCGGAAACCUAGUACAGCAGUGGAGUAUCUCGCAGCCCACCUCUCCAAAAUCCACGGCUUGGACUGGCACCCGGACAGCGAGCACAUUCUUGCUACCUCCAGCCAGGACAACUCGGUCAAGUUCUGGGAUUACCGCCAGCCUCGGAAAUACCUCAAUAUCCUCCCUUGCCAGGUGCCUGUCUGGAAGGCCAGAUACACUCCUUUCAGUAAUGGGUUAGUGACUGUGAUGGUUCCCCAGCUGCGGAGAGAAAAUAGCCUUCUCCUUUGGAAUGUCUUUGACUUGAAUACCCCGGUCCAUACCUUUGUGGGGCAUGAUGAUGUGGUCCUGGAGUUCCAGUGGAGGAAACAGAAGGAAGGGUCAAAGGACUACCAACUAGUCACAUGGUCCCGUGAUCAGACGUUGAGAAUGUGGCGGGUGGAUUCCCAGAUGCAGAGGCUUUGUGCGAAUGACAUAUUAGAUGGUGUUGAUGAGUUCAUUGACAGCAUUUCUCUUCUACCGGAACCAGAGAAGACCCUUCACACUCAAGAUACAGAUCACCAGCAUAACUCAAGUCAUGGGGAAGAAGAAGCAGUCAAACAGUGUCCUUAUGGGUAUGUUAUUUGUGAAAAAAUACAGUAUUCCCUCUGUUUACCCUAAUGCCUGAAACAUGGAGCACUCAGCUUAUUUAUACCCAUUUGCACUUCUGUCUUGCAGAUGGAUGCGGCAGAUAGAAGUUGCACAGUGUCUGUGCACUGUAGCAACCAUCGUGUCAAAAUGUUGGUGAAGUUCCCUGCACAGUACCCAAACAACGCGGCCCCUUCCUUUCAGUUUAUUAACCCCACCACCAUCACAUCCACAAUGAAAGCAAAACUGCUAAAGAUCCUGAAAGACACUUCCCUGCAAAAAGUGAAACGCAAUCAGAGUUGUUUAGAGCCCUGCCUGCGCCAGCUCGUCUCCUGCCUUGAGACUUUUGUGAACCAAGAAGACAGUGCUUCCAGCAACCCCUUUGCUCUCCCAAACUCUGUCACACCACCUUUAUCAACGUUUGCACGUGUGACCACUGCCUAUGGGUCAUAUCAGGAUGCCAAUAUCCCCUUUCCUAGGACUUCUGGGGCCAGGUUCUGUGGAGCAGGUUAUCUGGUGUAUUUUACAAGGCCAAUGACGAUGCACCGAGCAGUUUCUCCAACAGAACCCACUCCUAGAUCUCUCUCGGCCUUGUCUGCUUAUCAUACUGGCUUGAUUGCACCAAUGAAGAUCCGCACUGAGGCCCCUGGGAAUCUUCGUUUAUACAGUGGGAGCCCCACCCGCAGUGAGAAAGAACAGGUCUCCAUCAGCUCCUUCUACUACAAGGAGCGGAAAUCAAGAAGAUGGAAAAGUAAACGUGAGGGAUCGGACUCUGGCAACCGACCGAUCAAAGCUGCUGGAAAAGUCAUCAUCCAGGAUAUCGCUUGCCUUCUUCCUGUUCACAAAUCAUUAGGAGAACUGUACAUAUUAAAUGUGAAUGAUAUUCAGGAAACAUGUCAGAAGAAUGCUGCUUCCGCCUUGCUUGUUGGGAGAAGGGAUCUUGUCCAGGUUUGGUCGCUGGCUACAGUAGCUACAGAUCUUUGUCUUGGUCCAAAGUCUGACCCAGAUUUGGAAACACCCUGGGCUCGACAUCCAUUCGGGCGACAGCUGCUGGAGUCUCUGUUAGCUCAUUAUUGUCAACUUCGUGAUGUUCAGACAUUGGCUAUGCUUUGCAGCGUAUUUGAAGCCCAGUCUAGACCUCAGGGGAUACCAAACCCCUUCGGGCCUUUUCCCAACCGUUCUUCCAAUUUUGUGGUGUCCCAUAGUCGAUAUCCUAGCUUCACUUCCUCUGGUUCCUGCUCAAGUAUGUCAGACCCAGGGCUCAACACUGGUGGCUGGAACAUAGCAGGAAGAGAGACAGAACAUUUAUCUUCACCCUGGGGAGAAUCUUCACCAGAAGAGAUACGCUUUGGGAGUCUGACCUUCAGUGACCCUCGUGAGCGAGAGCGUGACCAGCAUGAUAAAAACAAAAGGCUCCUGGACCCUGCCAAUGCCCAGCAAUUUGAUGACUUUAAGAAAUGCUAUGGAGAAAUCCUCUAUCGCUGGGGUCUGAGAGAGAAACGAGCUGAAGUGCUGAAGUUUGUCUCCUGUCCCCCUGAUCCUCACAAAGGGAUUGAAUUUGGUGUGUACUGCAGUCACUGCCGGAGUGAGGUCCGUGGCGCACAGUGUGCCAUCUGCAAAGGCUUCACAUUCCAGUGUGCCAUCUGCCACGUGGCAGUGCGAGGAUCAUCCAAUUUCUGCCUAACCUGUGGACAUGGCGGACACACCAGCCACAUGAUGGAAUGGUUUCGGACACAGGAGGUGUGUCCAACUGGUUGUGGGUGCCACUGCCUACUUGAAAGCACAUUCUGA